AUGAGCGCCAAAUCGGCGCCAGUUCAGAUUCUCCCUGGCAAAAGCCUGGGCUUUAUCAGUAUGUCUGAUGAUCGACAUCUAUAUCUAGAUGCGGGGAGAGCGUCAAGCUUACUUAUAUUCACAGCUCUCGGUGCUUCUCUACACAACGUUUUGACUCGAGUCAAAUCACACCCUCAGACCUAUCCUGCGAUCGAUCUUGCCUAUUCUUCCACCGAUCCUUUGCGUAACCCUGUUGUUCUCCAGUUACCUUCAAAUGGGCUCCGCCUACGGUUCGACGGUCCCGAUCAACGACUACGUCUGAUCGAAGUCCUGGAUUUCUCUCGGGUGGACCUAUUAUACAAGAACCAAGAUGUCAUGAAAGGUGGAAAGUCAACGGAGCAGCCGACAUCUUCUCAGGGGCCUAGCUUCCGUCAUGUCUACAAUCGACUCUUCGGUCCAUCCUAUCCUGGUGAAUAUAUACCUCCACCAGACCAGUCACCCUACGGCACCUAUGUGCUCUCAUAUCCCGGGGUUGCUUUUUCUUUCCCACUGCAGCAUUCGGCCUGGUCCGAGCAAUGCGAUUUUGUAGCACUUCUAUCUUCUUCUGCUGCGCAGCCAGCAACCUCCAUGUCCAUUUUCCAAGGGUCCUCGUGGCCCGAGGUCCGUGCGAAACUCUUCAUUCAGCAACCUCAAUACCCCCGCGCAUCGGCAGUAGUCAGCAAGACCCGUGACUCAUUCGCAGAUGAAGUUGAAGAGUUUCAUAUUCUCGGCGCUGGAAAGUUGGAAGCAUCACGACGAACAGGCCCUCCGGUAUCCAUCGUCCUUGGGGAGACCAGUCCACAAGACUUGAUCGCGGAGUUCGGGCCUCCCGAUGCGAUCUAUCGUAAACAUGAUCGCCGCAUCUCUAUUCACCGCGCAACUGGGACCAGUGGCGCAGACCCGUUGAAUCCAAAUCUAUCGCCAGGAAGAAAUUUGGAUUUACCUGAUACUGAUCAUUCAUCCACUAAUAGCAUCGCUGAUGAUUCCGAUGAAGAAACACCCGCAGGACAAGUGAGCGAUCCAGGUUCCUUGCCCGCUGAAAGUUUCUUUAAUUAUUUCCAUCAUGGAUUUGAUGCAUUUAUUUCACAUCCAUGUACACCGGGCCCUGCGUUCCCUGCGUCCGGCAUUCCAGACCCGACCGCGCCAUCACUUCCUUCUACUCAGUUGGUCGUGACCAAGAUCAUCCUACAUGGCAAUGUUCCGGGGUCAUACCCGUUUAACCGCCACCGUCGAAGUCGCUGGACUAUUCAUCCAGAUGAAACCAGCCUAGGACUGAAUGCCGAGUCACCUUACGAUGAGAUCUCGGAGCGGCUGCGUGCAGUAUGGAAGGGGUCCUAUUCUAACCCUGGAGAGGAGCGCGCCACACAGCGACCGAUGGUUUUGAACCGCGACUGGGGUGACAGCCCCGAGAGCAGUGUUGAGUUCCUCGGAGGUUGGGAGGAGACCACCGCCAAAGGACAGCCCUCCGGUGUAGAUGGACACGACGGUAAGUUAGGCAACACGGAACUCUUUGGAUUCCCGGGACUUUUAUUUGAAGUCUUGAAGAACGGGGCUGUCAGCUCUCUGACGGUCUACUGA